AUGCAUUUUCCUUUUCCUGACUCUUUUACGACUUCUACUACUGAGGAUGAGGAGCAACGAAAGAUGCGUGUGUUUCAGGCGAGCCAUGACUACGUCAAUACGGGCCGGUACUAUUUGCCCCUUGCCAAGGACGACCUCGUCCUCAUCCUGGAGGAGCACCCCAGCGGUUGGUGGACGGCGCAGAACGUGAACGGUGCCAAGGGACUUGUUCCCUCAACCUUUUUGAAGGAAUUCCUUAUUUGCCCUCCUUUAGAAGUGCUGCUCCACGAGCAUUCCAUCAUGUUGGCAGCACAAAGCUUUUCCGUUGACUUAUCUUUGCACGCCCCAGCCCCCUUAAAUCCUGGUGAGGAGCUUCAACAAUGGAAAACAAAUUGUGAGAUGACUACCUUGACAGAGCUGGAGCGCGGCGUUGGGGAUCUUCUUCUGCAGCGGGAAACGGCUCGACGAGGGCUACUGGAAAGCCUAGAAGCGUUGGUGGGAGACACCAGGGAAGCCUUAAAGGAGGAGGGUACAUGGGACACGGAUGCUGCGUCCUUGAGCUUGGAACUGGGUGCGUUGAGGCAGCGCAUGGAUACACUGGAGGCACAAGAAAAGCAGGCACGGGUUGAGUUAGGCUUCUUAAGGGACAAUGUGCGGAAAUCAAGGUGCCAGGCACCUGUGAAGCUACUUCGCCUGGUUGGAGAGUUUCUUGGGAACACGGUUGGUACUACCGCUCAGGUUGCACUGUACCUGGAAGCUCUUCACGGCAAAUUGGAAAUAUAUCAUGAAGAUGUGCGGAUGACUGAGGCGAAGUUGUCCUUGCUUAGCAAAAGUGCCCAUGAAUUAGGGCGCAUGUGUCGGGAGGAAAAGAACCUCCUUUCGUACCGAAUUGGCCUUCGAGACGCCAAGGUCCGUGCAAUGUUGGGCUUCUGGUCGGAGCGGGCGGAGGCGGCGAAGGAAGCUUACCUGCAGACGAAGUUGCAGUCUCAUCUCUCGGAGGCCUUGCGCAGGGAGGAGGAAGAUCGCUUACGACAGCUGGUAGUGGAGGGGCGCGCAAAAUACAUGGAGGCGGAGGAUGAAUUUCGGCACUGGAGGGAGAAAACCCAAACUACCAAGCGAUUGCUUGAAGCGAAGGGAACCGUCGAUCCGCUAAACCAGGCUAUCAAACGACUGACAGACGAAGCGCAAGUAUGGCGGAACAAAUUGCUCUCCACAGGUGAAGCUGCGCAGCAACCAACGAAAGGAGUGGAGGAAGAAAAAAGAAGCACGUAA